CAUGCUGCCUUACACAUCUGUAACCAUAUAGAAAACCUUACCAUAUCCAAGCAUUUUUGUCGAGCUGCUGCUGCCAUCACGACGUCGGCUUCUCGCACUCGACUGAGUUCACGAUUAAGUUGUGUAAAUUCCAGCGAUUUCUUGUCUAGCGCACUUGUCAGAUCGGCAAUCAGGGUUUGACUCUGAGCGAAGUUACCCUCAGCCUCGGCCAACCGCACUUCCAUAUCCGAAAUUGUACGGCGAGCGUCGGCUAAUGUGAUCGACAGCUCUCUUACUUCUUCGCAAUGUGCUUUGUCUAUUUCAGAGAAGUGCUCUCGCUCCUCAGCUAGGAGAUUUUCCUCCUCAGCAAUUUUGUCUGUCGCGACAUUGAGCUGUUGCUGCAACAUAGCGUUCCGUUCACGUAGGUCACGAACUUCUGAGAUGAGCUCGUUCAAACGCUCAUUGUUCUUAACUGCGUCACAAGACACUCUUUCACUAAACCGCUCUUGAGACUCCUCAUGACUUUGCAUGGCCUCUGUGAGUUCCCGGUUCUUUGAUCUGACAUCCGACAGUUCCCUUUCCAGCUCCUCCUCGAGCAUUUCGUGCAACUUCAACUCCAUCUCAAAAUGCUCGGAUUCCCCACGUAGUGAGGUGAUUUGAGCCUUCAAUCCAAUCACUUCCUUCUCCAUCUCGAGCAUUGUAUGACUAUAUUCUGUAUUCAGUUCUCGUGAAAGACGAUUUUCGAGCUCCAGCUCUUUGA